CCCCAGAUACCUCCCAUGCCUCCCCCUCCUCUUGCCUCUUGCCCCAAUACCUCCCACAAUUCCCCCUCUUCUAGCCCCCCUCUGCCCAAAUACCUCCCAUCCUCCUUGUCUUCUAACUCUCCCUCCAGUUCCUCCCCCUCUUUUAGUCCGUGCCCCUGAAAUUCCUCCCCCUCUUCUAGCCCCACCCCGAAAUACCUCCCACCCCGUCUUCUAGCUCCCUUCCUCCAAAUACCUCCCAUCCUCUCCCCUCCUCUAGCCCCCAGCCCUGCCUCUGCCCCCUCCUAACACCUACCCUGACCCCUCAGCACUCCCUCUAGACCCUCCCAAAUACCAUGACCCCCCCCCCAACUUCCUCCAUUUUUAGACCCCCCCCAACACCUGCCCUGACCCCCUCUCCCUCUCUAUCCCUCAACACCUACCCUGGUCUCUAACAUCCUUGCUUGUCGCCCAGGGAUUUUUCAACCUUUUUCAUUUGCGGACCCCCAAAACAUUUCCAAUGGAGGUGCGGCCUACUUUGGAAAUCUCCGCUGUACUCUGCAGACCCCCAGGGAGCUGGGUGCCAUGGGUUGAAAACCACUGCCCUAGACCCUCCCCCAACAUCUACCCCAGCACCUCUGUCCUCUAGCCCCCCUGCCCACCUGCUUUCCUCCUCUAGCCUUCAGAGACGAAAGGAUCCCGAGAGCUGGGCGGGUGAAUGUGUUGCCCCCUCCUCAGAUGGGCUGGACGCUGGAUUAUUUAUUCAGAUUUAUCCAAUCUGAAUAAAUAAUCCCUCCCUGCUUGUAAUCUCAGCUCCUGCCCUAAUUUGCCUCUGGUGCUAAUCCUGCCUCCUCUGAUUCCUCCCCCAGUAAACCUCCCUGUUCCCUUUACCCUGGUGAUAAACCUGCCCCCUCCUCUAAUCCCACCUCCUUCCCUAAUCUGUUUCUGGCACUAAUCCCACCUUCUCCUCCCCCCUCCCCCCAUGAACCUAGCCCCCUCCUCUAAUUGCCUCCCCAGGAUCCAUCUCUAAUCCUGCCCUUUCUCUCCCCUUCCCUUUGGUGCUAACUCUGUUUCCCACACCUGGCUCUAACCUCCUAAUCUCCCCCAGAUCUAAUCCCAGCCCCCGGUCCCACCCCAGCCCCCGCACUCCCUGUUCUGCUGUCUGACCCAUGGCUGGGCUCUUGCUGCUUUCAGCUGGCAUGGAGGGGGCUCCACCACAUGGUCCCGGAAAACCCCGGCUGGUGACUUCGCUCUGGAUCCAGCCCUUGUCCCUGUGGGAGUCCCUGGACUCGGAGGGGAAGGAUCCCCGGCCUGAGCCCGGCUCUCCUGGUUGCGCCUCCUGGCCAGGGGGUGCUGCUGUGCAGGGGGCAGCUGUCCCCCUGCAGACCCCUGGUCUGGGCCCAUUCCGCCCUGUGAGUGGCCGUUCCUGAGGACGUGUGCCAGAAACCCCAGGGUGCUUCUCAGUGCAUCCAGUGCUCCCCGGCCAGCUGCUCCAUAUGGAGACCAGGAACCCAGAAAACGAGUUAUCCCACGUGCAUCGUUGUGCGGCCCUCACCAGCGACACCUUCGACCGGCUCCUGGCAGGGGACCCGCAGUACUGGAGCUGUAAGAGCAGUGUGGCAGCCUUCAUCCUGGAGCGAGAGGUGAUGGACACGCAGCAGGGUUGCAGGGAGAGCUUUGAGCUGGUGGCGCUGGGCACUGGCGAGACCUGCUACGGUGGCUGGCUGGAUUUCAGAGGCUGGCGGCUCCAUGACAUGCACGGCCUGGUGGUGGCUCGCCGGGCACUGCAGAGGUACCUGUACAAACAGCUGCUGCUGUGGUGCAGCCUGAAGGAGCCAGCGGACCGGGAGAAAUGCAUCUUCCAGCCCUCAGCAGAGGCGGGGCUGCUGGCCCUCAAGCCGAAGGUCUUUGUGCAUCUGUAUCUGAGCCACGUGCCCACAGGGGCCUCCGAGAACGUCCCCAUCCCGUUCCCUGGGAGAAAGCCCUCGGUCAGCCUCUACGUCCAUGCCAAGGGCGCGCUGACGCCCGUCCCCAGCUGCCCGGCAAGCCUGCUGGCCGCCUGCGUCUGCUGCGCCUCCGGCAGCGACAAGCUGAGCCGCUGGAGCGUGCUGGGCCUGCAGGGGGCGCUCCUCAGCCACUUCAUGGAGCCGCUGUACCUCUCCAGCAUCAUCCUAGCGGACCCCAGCCCCACCCAGCUCGCCCUGAACUGGGUCAUCCACGAGCGGCUGCAGCUGGGCCCCGAGGCCGGCCUGCCAGCCCCCUAUGCCCAGCACCAAGUCUCCUUCUUCCUGGGACCCCACGUCAGCCCCCUCAGCUCCAGCGCUGAGUGCAGCAGCCUGAGCCUCAACUGGUGCCGCGGGGACGCAGCCCCAGAGCAGGUGGACGGCACCACUGGGCUGCUAGUGCCGAAGAACCCUGCCGCGGAGGACCAGGUCUUCCCCAGCCAGAUCUGCAAAGCCGCCAUGCUGCGAUACUUCAGGGAGGUGGCGCAGCAGAUGAACAGGAAUGCCCUGCUGGAGCUGCCCACUUACCACCGAGCCAAGAGCCAGGCUGAGUCUUACCAGAGUGCCAAGGAACAGCUCUUCGCUCACCUGGCCUCCCAAGGGCUUGGCAAGUGGCCUCAGAAGCACCUGGUGGACAACUUCACCGGAUAUGCCGUGAAAUAGCCCCGGGGAGGGGUCUGGCCACCUGCCUCCUGGAAAUGCCCCUGGGGCGGGGGAAGGAGUAAAAUCUAGAGACUGUUGCAAAUUUUGGGAGUUGGGGUUAGGGCUUUUAAACUCUUGUUUGCCAUGCUGCGUGGGGGAGGGGCAAAUGCCCACUUUUCAUUUGAUUUUUUUCUUUGAAUUGCGAGGGCUGUCGAUUGCCCGGAGUUGCUCCCGCUGGUUCAGCCCUCUUGGCGCAGAGCAGCUGCCAACCUGCUUUCACGGAUGGGUUAGUGCCGGUGCAUUUAGCCCAGAAUUUCUCCCUCUGUAUCAGCCUUGUCCAGCGUUUAAUUACACUCCUCGGUUACCUAGAUUGAGCUGCUUUUAGGCUCACUCGCUCUCAGGCAGAUUUUCCAGCCCUGGAAUCAUUCUCGUGGCUCUUCGAGCCCUUUCCAAUGUGUCCGCAGCCCGUCUGAAGUGUGUCCAUCUAAGGAAUAAAAUCUCUACAUCCCCUAUAGACCUGAACUACAUUUUGUCAAACAAAGUUACGUGACCAAGCGGCCUUUGGGAAAGAGAGAAACCCUGCAUCUCAAAGAGGUAAAAGACACUUUCAGUUCCAUAUAAAGUCACAUUCCAGAGCAGGGUAAAUGUGAUGACUCUGAAUUAGGACAAGAUUCUCCCACUGCGGUCACCUCUGACCUAUUCAAAACUGUUUCACUCAGCACUGGCUCAUUAUUAUGGAGUUGUGUUACUUAAGAAAGUUUUAUCAUCAUCAUCCUAAUGGGAAAAAAACAGCCAGCCUUUCCUUCAGCAAAUAAUCCCAACUCAGCAGGAAAAUGACCAGAAGUGGCUUUGGAAAUCGAUCCGAACUGGGAUUUAACCUCAUAAUGCUCAUGUCAUGUUUGGGAUUAAUUGAAUUCCCCUUUCCGGUGGGUGACUCUUUAAUCUGCAGCCCUAAUGGGUCUGAUUUCAGAUCACAGAAAUUAAAGUGUG